AUGAAGUUCACAGCUCUUGCCGUCGCUGCUGCUCUCGCUACAACGUAUGUUGUUGCCACUGACAAACCCGCCUUGCGAGCUCUUGCCGGUACUGACGCCGAUGAGGUUGACCUUAACGCCAACGAGGAUAUGGAGCCUUCGACGGAAAGUGAUGAUCAACAGGAGAAUGGUUGGGGCUGGGGCCGUCGCGGUAAAUGGGGACAUGGGCACGGCGGCUGGGGACACGGCGGCUGGGGACACGGCGGCUGGGGACACCGUGGUCACCGUGGAUGGUAA